ACAGUGCUUGGUCAGUUAAUUUGGCGCUGCGGCUCUCUGCCCGCCUUCCCACCCUCUAGCUCAGCAGCCGCUACACAUUUCUAUUGGUCAGCAUGGCUGUCUAUCAGUCCAUUGCACACCUCCCCCAAACAGCCUGUCAGGUAGGCGCGUGCUAGCGAGGCGGAGCUUGCGCCUGGGGGCGGGGCCUCAGCCGUGGAAGGCGCAGCGGCUGCCUCACUGCUGUGACUCUGGACUGGAGCGCUGAGGCAUCUUCGCAGCCACCGCUACCCCUGCUGUACCUGGUCAGGUGGCAUUCACCAUCACCGUUUUCUUCUCUCACCUUGUCAUCAUCACAACCAUCACCAACAGCAUCAUCUCCUCCUCCAUUCAGAACUCUCUAGUUCUCCAAAGGCGGUCUCUGUUCCUCUAUCCAACAUAGCACCUUCUAAUACGAUGAAAACAAGCCAGCAGAGAGAAGCCUCCUAGUCAGCAGCCUCAUUGCCGGAGAGGACUGUCAGCUGCCUGCUCUGUCUAGUCACCAUCACAUGCCUCCCCACUGGAGCUGACCACAGACCAGCAUCUCCACAGCAUGAAUAAUUAGGUAGGCAUAAUGGAAGGCACUCACUGCACCCUCCAGUUGCAUAACCCCAUCACUGAACUCUGCUAUAUCAGCUUCUAUCUUCCAAAGGGGGAAGUCAGAGGAUUUUCAUACAAGGGCACUGUAACUCUAGACAGAUCCAAUAACGCUUUUCAUAACUGCUACCAAGUCAGGGAGGGGCCAGACAUCACCAGCCUCAGCCAGCAGCCAAACGAACAUCCCGGCGACAUAUUUUUCAAACAGACUCCCACAAAAGACAUUCUGACAGAGCUAUACAAGCUCACAGCAGAGAGGGAGAAGCUGCUGGACAGUCUGCUGAGGUCAGACCACAUCCUGGGAAUUUCAAUGGGGAACCAGGAAGGGAGGUUGCAGGAGCUGUCAGUGAGCCUUGUGCCCGAGGAAGACUACUUCCAGAGUGCUGGCAAUUGGAGCAGAGAGCUCGCUGUGAACUCGCUCAUUAGGAGGAGCACCCAAGGGAGCAAAAAGCCCCGGAGGUCUGGCAGGAGGAGAGAGAGCCCUGAGGAGCUCCGGCUGAAGAGAACCAGGAGGAAAGGGCGUGGCCGCCAGGAAUCAGCUCCUCCGAUGGGGAAGGACCAGGUCUGUUCCAGUAGCUCCCUUCCUCCUUCCCGGGUUCGGCCUAAUCUUCAGCUCCUAGAAGAAAGAGGAAACUUAGUUCCCCAGGGAACACUUACCUCCUCCCCACGGAGGAGAGAGAGCUGCCCUGCCAACAUCCUCAGGACACCAGAUGCAGACCCGGGCUUCCGGAGCUCUGGGAGGACCUCAGAGGACACUGAUCUUGAAGGACCUCUGUCUCCAGACAGCAGCCCCACCGAGGUAGGAGAUGCUGGCAUAGGAAGGCAGCUCAAGGUUCCUCAGGAGCAGGAACCUCCACGUUUGUCCGAAAGGCAUGAGAAACAUCCAGGGGCAGAGAGGGGCGGGACUCGGAAGUCAAAGUCACUGGAAAGGACUUGCAGGAAGAAACCUGUUUCCGCAGUGGUGGCCAAGGUCCAGGAGCUUUCUGCUCAAGUUCAAAGGGUAGUUAGGGCUCAUCCCGAUGGUGAGGAAAGGGUUGCUUUUUGCUCAGAGACCCAUUCUGAGUUCAUCCCAAAAGCUGACUUCCUCGUCCUCUCGGGAGCUAAAGAUGAGACUCAAAGUUCCAGGAGCCUGGGGGAGGAGCAGCAAGGGGUCAAGUCAUUGCAACCCUCAGCCACAGAACGAGCCUCCAUUCCCAGUGAACCAGCCAGCACCGAGGGGGCUGUGAACAAGGUUCUCCGGAAGGUGAUAGAGAGUGAGAAGUUAGAUGAAGCCACUGAGGGGAAAAGACUAGGCUUCUCCCUCAACGCAAGGUCCACCCACACUCUCCCAGAAACAAGAAGCCAAAGGAAGGCUGGGCUACCCAAGAGUGGCCAUAAAUUCUUGCUUCUGGAUCUGCCCCACACUGUAGGUCCUGACUCCCCACAACCCAAAUGUGAUGAGAGGAAGCCAGCCCCCCAAACAGCAACAGCUCGCGGCAUGGUAUUUAAUAAUUCAUCGCCUCAGUCCAGCGCACACAAAUGGCUGUCACCUGUUCCCUCGCCUCUGUCUCCAAGGUGCCCCAGCCCUCAGCAACACCACAGGAUCCUCCUGCUCCCUCCACUGCCUAGUGAGGGGGAAGCUGCUUUUAAUGAGUGCCCUGGUAGGAAGAACGGUGUCUCCUCCGGGUUCCCCUCUGCUGUCACCUUGGAGCCGUCAUCUUCUACAAAGGUCACGGAGACCAAAGGAGGCAGCCCGACUUCCCUCAGAGCAAGCCAAACUUGGCUGGUAUCUGAGGAACCUUCAGAAAAAAGCUUGAGGCCAGAGAAGAUCACAGCUCCACCCCAGCACCAGCCACCACCAGGUGUCACCUCUGAAGGCUUUCCCUGUGACAGCAUCAGUGAGCAGACAGCUAAAGACCUUCCCAAUAAGGAUGGAGGUGCUUGGGUCCUGGGUUACAGAGCUGGACCACCCUGUCCAUUUCUGCUCCAUGAAGAAAGAGAAAAGUCAAGCAGAAGCGAAUUGUACUUGGAUCUCAAUCCGGACCAGAGCCCCACAGAGCAGGACGACAGGACUCCUGGCAGACUCCAAGCUGUCUGGCCACCCCCAAAGACAAAAGACACAGAAGAAAAAGUGGGACUGAAGUACACUGAAGCAGAAUACCAGGCUGCUAUCUUACAUCUGAAGAGGGAGCACAAAGAAGAAAUCGAAAACCUGCAGGCUCAAUUUGAACUUAAGACAUUUCACAUCCGGGGUGAGCAUGCAUUAAUAACAGCAAGACUUGAAGAAACUAUUGAAAAUCUCAAGCAACAGUUAGACCACCGCUGGGGAGGAGGAUGUGAAGAGAUGAGAGAUGCAUGCAUCUCUACUGAUGACGACUGCUCCCCAAAGGCCUUCAGAAAUGUGUGCAUCCAGACAGACAGAGAGACGUUCCUCAAGCCCUGUGAAGGUGAAAGCAAGACAACCAGAAGCAACCAGAUAGUACCCAAGAAGUUGAAUAUCUCGUUAACCCAACUCUCUCCCACAAAAGACAGCAAAGACAUCCACAUACCACUUCAGGCAGGGGAAGGCAUCUCAUCCAGUCAACAGAAGAUAUCACCUCCACCUCCCACACCUCCUCUUCCUCCCCCUCUCAUUCCUCCCCCUCCGCCUCUCCCCACUGGACUUGGACCUUUGCCACCAGCACCACCCAUAUCACCUGUGAGUGCUGGGCCACCACCACCACCUCCUCCACCUCCUCCACCACCUCCCCUGCCUCCAAGUGCUGGACCUCCCCCACCUCCUCCCCCACCACCACUUCCUAAUGUCCUGGCUCCUCCUAACAGCGGAGGGCUUCCUCCUCCUCCUCCUCCUCUUCCUCCUCCUCCCCCAGGACUUGCACCUCCACCUCCUCCUGGACUAUCCUUUGGACUCAGCUCUUCUUCUAGUCAGUGUCCUCGUAAACCAGCCAUUGAACCCAGCUGUCCCAUGAAGCCUUUGUAUUGGACUAGAAUACAAAUAAGUGAUAAGAGCCAAGAUGCCACACCAACUUUAUGGGACUCCUUAGAAGAACCUCAUAUUAAGGACACCAGUGAAUUUGAAUAUUUAUUCUCCAAAGACACAACUCAACAGAAGAAAAAGCCCCUGUCAGAGACCUACGAGAAGAAGAACAAAGUCAAAAAGAUCAUCAAGUUAUUGGACGGAAAACGAUCUCAAACUGUGGGAAUCUUGAUAUCUAGUUUACAUUUGGAAAUGAAGGAUAUCCAACAGGCCAUAUUUAAUGUGGAUGACUCUGUGGUUGACCUGGAGACCCUGGCAGCCUUAUAUGAAAAUCGAGCCCAAGAGGAUGAACUGACUAAAAUAAGAAAGUACUACGAGACAUCCAAAGAAGAAGACUUGAAGCUGCUGGACAAACCUGAACAAUUUCUGCAUGAGUUAGCCCAGAUUCCCAAUUUUGCUGAGCGUGCCCAAUGCAUAAUCUUCAGGGCUGUGUUUUCCGAGAGUGUUACUUCCCUACACAGAAAAGUAGAGAUUGUCACACGAGCCUCAAAGGGCUUGCUGCACAUGAAGAGUGUAAAGGACAUCUUAGCUCUCAUUCUGGCUUUUGGAAAUUAUAUGAAUGGAGGAAAUAGGACUCGAGGGCAAGCAGAUGGAUAUGGUUUAGAAAUCCUACCCAAACUCAAAGACGUCAAAAGUCGGGACAAUGGGAUGAACCUGGUGGACUAUGUCGUGAAGUAUUAUCUGCGGUACUAUGAUCAGGAAGCUGGAACAGACAAGAGUGUUUUCCCACUACCUGAACCACAAGAUUUCUUUCUGGCCUCCCAAGUCAAGUUUGAAGACCUCAUAAAAGAUUUGAGAAAACUGAAGCGACAGCUAGAAGCAAGUGAGCAACAGAUGAAGUUGGUGUGCAAGGAGUCCCCAAAGGAGUAUCUGCAGCCUUUCAAGGACAAGCUGGAGGACUUCUUCCAGAAAGCCAAAAAAGAGCAUAAAAUGGAAGAAAUGCACUUGGAGAAUGCACAGAAAAGUUUUGAAACAACGGUGGGAUAUUUUGGAAUGAAGCCGAAGACUGGAGAGAAGGAGAUCACCCCAAGCUAUGUGUUUAUGGUGUGGUUUGAGUUCUGCAGCGACUUCAAGACCAUUUGGAAACGGGAGAGUAAGAACUUAUCUAAAGAGAGAUUAAAAAUGGCUCAGGCAUCUGUCAGCAAACUGACAUCGGAGAAGAAAGUGGAGACGAAGAAAAUUAAUCCCACUGCUAGUCUGAAAGAAAGACUGCGUCAGAAGGAAGCCAGUGUGGCCAGCAGCUAACAUGGAGACAGAAGGAAAUUCCAGUGCAAGAGGAGGCCACCCAGUGCUCCUUUAGACCCAAGUGCCAAGGGAGUUCCUGACAGAUCUGUUACAGAUCAUCUGCUUUGCUUAUCUCCUUCUGAGGUCCUCUGUAGAAAGUACCUGUGCCUUCCUUGAGAAGUCCCUUGUUAGUCCACAGGAACAAUGCGAUGCUAUGUAUGGGAAUGUUACAGGAAUAUUUGAUAGUUGUUUCUUAUGGAAGUCCAAAGUCCAUCCUAUAAAAGAAUCAGAAGAUGUACCAAAA